AUGCCGGUCCGCUUCAAGGCCUCAUCAGAAUAUGACAGGAACUUCAAGUGGCACACAUCCUAUGAUGCAAGUGAAGACCCUUCCCAGAUAUACAGAUGGGCUGGUCUUCGAUCUGAUGAGCUUGGGAUCACAAAAGAGCCAAGUUUUUCUUCAAAACGAAAAGUUCCAUAUUAUGACCCACAGAUUUCAAAAUCAUUUCAAUGGAAGGAAAAUGAUGACUAUGCAGCAGAAAAUAUGAAGAUAGGUCGGGGCAUUCUAAAGGAAUCCGUAGUUAAAGAGAAAAUCGUUACACCAGAUGCACCAAGGUCAAAGACAAAAGCUAGAUCCAAGUCAGCAGUGCCUAGAAUAGAGACUGAUAAUGGGCACUCAGCAGCUCCCAGAAUGCAGGCAGCUGAAGGCCACUCAGAGGUGGUAGAAACACAGCCUGCCAAGGGUAGUUCACCUGCAGCAGAAGUAAAAAAUAGUGAAGAUAACUCUAAAAAAAGCACCGGUACCUAAGAUAUCAAUUAAUCGCAAAGAAGCCAAUGGGGUUCACAGAGUUCUGCAGAAGAAAGCUGGCAUGAAUUUAGACCUGUCAAAUCACCCUCUGAGGACAUCUGAAUAUCAAAGGCAGUUUGAAAGAAAAGCCUGCGCAGAAAAUUCUCCUUUGCUUGCUGCAGAACAGGUCAUACACAACAAGAAUCAAUCAGUGCCUCACCAUUUAAGUUAAAUAGUCUCAACAUAGAGACAGAAUAUAAGAGUCAGUUUAAAGGAUCUCCUCCUGCUAAAGGUCCAAAGUUAAGGAAGGACUGGGAAGACAAACAUCACACAGAAUAUGACGAAGAUCAUCAUUCUCCUAAAAGAAAGGAUAAAAAGAAGUCGGUUGGUGAGGUGAAAUCUGGUACUGUCAACGUGAACACAUCUAACAUAGAACAGGAAGAGAAUGACCAACAAAAUAUUCAAGAAAAAAUUCUUAAGGAAAAAAUUCUUAAACAAGUUUACACUCCUACAAAAUAUUACAGGAAAACAAAAACCGAAUAUUCUGCAAAUUAUUUAUCUCCUUCAGAUUAUAGAUACAAAGAUGGGGCUUGGAUAAAAGCAAAACGUCAAGUUAAUGAUCAAGACUCUCCUCUCAGUGUUGGCUCUAUGUGGGUCGCUGAGGUAAAGGAACUGCGAGAAAAGGCUGAGUAUUAUAGACACCGAGCUCAAGGAACUCAUUUCUCCCGGGACCACCUUAAUCAGAUCAUGUCUACUAAUAAUAAAUUUUGGGAUGUGUCUUCUACCUUGAGCAGCGAGGAAGAUAUGAGCAACAAUAUUAAAGCUUUAGAUUUGGCUGGUCUAAACACUUCUUCAAGGAAUGAAAACAGACACCAGUCACCAACCAAAGCUAAAGCUGCCUCCAAUACUGGUAAUCUUGGGCUUUCAGAUGUCUCCACCCACCCAGUUAGAAGAAAACUAGUUUGGGAUGAAUGUGAGGACACAGAAAAAACAGAAGAGGUAACACCACUGAGAACAGAGGGUGACCCCGAAGAAGCUGCUGAUGCAGAGGAUGAUGACCAGCCCCAGGAAAAUGCUGAAGAAUGCCAUGAAGAUAUUACUGAAACAAGACUCAAUGGCACAAAAUCCAAUUUCCCAGAAGACCAAUCUGAGCGUACUUUAGUAACUUCAGGAGCUGAAGGAAGACUUCCUACUCCAAAAUUGAAAACCUUUGGACUGGCCCAAAGGACGCACCAUGAUCUAACAACUCCAGCCGCAGGGGGCGCUCUGUUAGUGUCACCUUCAAAAAAUCAUCACCAUACACCAGAGGAUAAGCAUAAGGGAUCUUCUAAAAAACAUGGCUCCCCAAAGAAGACUGUCUUCAAAGGUGUAAAUGAAACAAAUUCAAAAAGGGAUUAUCAGCAAACUGUGCAGUCUCCACCAGUUGCUGGUCUGAAGACAGUAGAUCCAUUGCCACUUCGAGAGGAUCCCUGGCCAAGUCCAUGCAUUUCCAAUAAGCCUUUACCUGCAAAAAUCGCAUAUCCUGUCAGCAGACCUGUAGAAGAUCCUUAUUUACCGUUACCUAGUCAGUGGAGUCCAUCAUGUCGAAUACAGGGAGCACUGCGAGAUCCAGAGUUCCAGCAUAAUGGGAACUUUAACAUAUCGGCUUCUACAGUUCUGCUAUAAAUGAUGACGAUAGCAUUGAAGAUGAUCGACUUUCCCAGAUCUCUGCUAGGUCAGCAGCUUCUAGCUCUUUGGCCUCACAAGUUUUAGAGCGUGCUCAGAAAAGAAAAGAAAAUUUCUGGGGUAACAAAUGA